AUGCCAGAUGAGGCACAACACAACUGCAAUGUUUCAGUUGUCUCAGGAAUCAUAAUAAGGGUUCUGUGUGUUGUGUGCUGGGUUGCAGGUGCAGGGUUUGGUGUGGAUCCUGCGCUGCGCAUCAAUGUAUUGCAGGAUUUUAGUCCUGCAGAGCUGAAUGAGGGAGUUUCACAGGUACAGGGCUUCCAUGAUGAGUCCAGAGCUUUCCUUUUCCGAGGUUCCUCCAGGAGUGUGAAGGUGCCAGAGGAGAUGGCACAUAGCAUGCUGCAGAAGCUGAGAGGCAGAACUGAGUUCACUGUGGCUGUGACUCUGAGGCAGAAGCAGCUCAAUUCCGGAGCCAUCUUCUCCAUCCGCCACGCUGAGCAGAGGUUUUUAGAGCUGGAGAGCAGUGGGCAGAAGAGCGAGGUGCGUCUACAUUUCCUGGCCAAAGGAAGACAGACGCACACUGAAGUCUUCCCCUACAUGCUUGCUGACAACCAGUGGCACAAAGUCUCUGUGGCCAUCAGCGCCUCCCAUGUCACUCUUUAUGUGGACUGCAACAGAAUCUAUGAGAGGGUAGUGGCUGUUCCUCUUAUGGACAUCCCUGAAGAUGCAUCAUUUUGGAUUGGACAAAGGAACAGUGCUCAUGGCCUAUUUAAGGGGGUGAUGCAGGAUGUUCAGAUAAUUGUGAUGCCGCAAGGUUACAUCAUCCAGUGCCCAGAUCUCAAUCGCACUUGUCCUACUUGUAAUGACUUUCAUGGGCUAGUACAGAAGAUUAUGGAACUCCAAGACAUCUUGGCCAAAACAUCCAGCAAGCUGUCACUAGCAGAGGAGAGGAUGAACAGCCUGGAUAACUGCUAUUGUGAGCGGACGUGCAGUGUGAAGGGGGUGACCUACAGGGAGGAGCAGACCUGGACAGAUGGCUGCAAAAACUGCACUUGCUCGAACGGCUCAGUGCAGUGUGAACCCAUUGUUUGUGCCACUCCGGAGUGUCCUGAUGGUUCCAUUCCUGCCUAUGUGGUGGGGGAGUGUUGCCAAAAAUGUCAGCCUAUGUGCAUGCUUUCUGGACAGGAGUUGGUGGAGGGUGACAGGAGAGCCGUGCAUCAUCCCAGUGGAGUGUGUACACUGUUUGAAUGCAGGGACCAUACACUGCACCGAGUUCAACAAGAGUGUCCUGAGCUUAACUGUGCUGAAACACAGCAGGUGACUCUUACUGACAGAUGCUGCACAGUUUGUAGAGGCCAUGAUUUCUGUGCGGAGAGAAAUACUUGCAUGGAGCACUCAGACUGUCUGAAUCUGGAAGCAGGAGCGAGCUGCGUCUGCAAAGAGGGUUUCCGUCCUCUUCGCCCAGACAAUGCAUACUGUGAAGAUAUUGAUGAGUGUGCAGAAGGGAAGCAUUACUGCAGAGAGAACACUAUGUGUGUAAACACACCUGGAUCCUUUAUGUGUAUCUGUCACACUGGGUACAUCCGCAUCGAUGACUACUCCUGCACUGAGCAUGAUGAGUGUGUAUCAGGACAGCACAGCUGCGAUGUGAACGCAUUGUGUUUUAACACUGUAGGGGGGCAUAGCUGCUCCUGUAAACCAGGCUAUACAGGCAAUGGGACUGUCUGCAAAGCUUUAUGUGAUGGUUUGUGUCUGAACGGCGGCACCUGCAUCUCUCCAAACACUUGUGCAUGUACGCAAGGCUUCACAGGGCAGAGAUGUGAAACAGAUAUUGACGAGUGUUCUGAAGGCUUUGUGGAGUGUGACAGCCAGGCUACCUGUGUAAACUUACCUGGCUGGUACCACUGUGAGUGCCGCAAUGGAUACCAUGACAACGGCAUGUUUGCUGCCAACGGAGAAUCAUGUGAAGAUUUAGAUGAGUGCAAAUCAGGUAGGAGUACCUGUUCCAAUGACACCGUCUGUUUUAACCUGGAUGGCGGAUAUGACUGCAGGUGUCCUCAUGGACACAACUGUACUGGUGACUGCAUCCAUGACAGCAAGGUGAAACACAACGGGCAGAUCUGGGUCCUGGAAAACGACAGAUGCUCGGUCUGCUCAUGCCAAAUGGGGCAGGUGAUGUGCAGGCGUAUGGUUUGUGACUGCGACAAUCCUACUGUGGAUGUAUUCUGCUGUCCGGAGUGUGAUCCUCGCCUCAGUUCUCAGUGUUUGCACCAGAACGGCCUGCUCACCUAUGCCAGCGGGGACACCUGGACAGAAAACUGCCAACAGUGCCAGUGUUUGCAGGGGGAGGUGGACUGCUGGCCGCUGUUGUGCCCGCCGGCACCUUGUGACUUCACCAUGGUGCCCGAGGGCGAGUGCUGCCCGCGAUGUGUCUCAGACCCAUGCUUGGCACAGAGCAUUCGCAAUGACAUCACCAAGACGUGUGAGGACGAACAUGGCAUCAUGCGCUUCAGCGGAUCCUCCUGGGUCAAGCACGGCACAGAGUGCACACUCUGCCAGUGCAAGAAUGGACAUAUCUGCUGCUCAGUGGACCCCUUGUGCCUUUAGCUGCAAUCACAUUGCUAAAGGUUUCUGUACAGUUCUCCAUUAAAACUCACUAUUUUCACCCUAUUCCAAAUUGACUUCUUUAUACCAAAUGCAAAGUGUGUAUUAUACCAAACCGAUAACUGAGAAUGUCACUGUUCAUAUCUGCUGCAGAAGAAAACCAUUUCUUAACAUUGAGGUAACACAUCUAAUCUGAAUUACUGCUUUGUACAGAAUACUGUAUACACAGGCAUGAUCACAGUGAAUAUUAAAAAGCUGAUUAUUUCAUUUCUAACUCUUUAUGAACUAAGUAAAUAAAGUAUGGGUUCUGACUAGUAUGUAAAUGUUAUUGUAUUUCUUCAUCAUGACAUUAGAGAAGUUGUUUAUAUUUUGUGAACCCUUUAUAACCCCUUUAUAUUUUGUUUUCUCUUCUGAUUUGUUCUCUAAUUUAAAAGAUUACCCUGCUUGCCCUUGUCCAAUUGUGAAAUAAAGUAUGUACAUUCCCAUUUACAAAUGCUUGUACUUACAUUUUUUCAUUUAAAUAAUUGAAAAACAAGACCAUUA